GAGGAGAGGAGAGAUCAGGGACAAAAGAUGGUGGAAGGAGGAAUAGCGAAAGCAGACAAAACAGAGUUUACAGAGUGUUGGAAGACGACAUGGAAGACGCCUUACAUCAUGCGCCUCGCUCUUUCCGCCGGAAUCGGAGGUCUUCUCUUCGGUUACGACACUGGAGUCAUCUCCGGUGCUCUUCUCUUCAUCAGAGAGGAUUUCGACGAAGUCGAUAGGAAAACAUGGCUCCAAUCGACUAUUGUCAGCAUGGCGGUGGCCGGAGCCAUCGUCGGAGCAGCCGUCGGAGGUUGGAUCAACGAUAGAUUCGGCAGGAGGAUGUCGAUUUUAAUCGCCGACGUGCUUUUCCUAAUCGGUGCGAUCGUGAUGGCCCUUGCUCCGGCUCCUUGGGUCAUCAUCCUCGGGAGAAUCUUCGUCGGAUUCGGCGUUGGUAUGGCUUCGAUGACGUCGCCGCUUUACAUCUCGGAGGCUUCACCGGCGAGAAUUAGAGGCGCGCUUGUUAGUACCAACGGUCUUCUCAUCACCGGAGGACAGUUCUUCUCUUACCUCAUCAAUCUCGCCUUCGUGCAUACUCCGGGAACAUGGAGAUGGAUGUUGGGAAUCGCAGGAGUUCCGGCGAUAGUUCAGUUUGCGCUGAUGCUUUCUCUGCCGGAAUCUCCACGGUGGCUCUACAGGAAAGACAGGGUCGCCGAAUCGAGAGCAAUCUUGGAGAGAAUCUACCCGGAGGAGGAAGUGGAGGCAGAGAUGCAAGCGUUGAAAGAGUCUGUGGAAGUAGAGAAAGCGGACGAGGCAGUCAUGGGAGAUAGCUUCAUCGCGAAACUCAAAGGAGCCUUCGCAAACCCCGUCGUCCGACGUGGACUCGCCGCCGGUGUCACAGUCCAGGUGGCGCAGCAGUUCGUUGGGAUCAACACGGUGAUGUACUACAGUCCCUCGAUCGUGCAAUUCGCCGGUUACGCCUCCAACAGUACAGCCAUGGCGCUGUCUCUGAUAACCUCAGGACUCAACGCGAUUGGUUCGAUCGUGAGCAUGAUGUUUGUGGACCGGUACGGUAGAAGGAAGCUGAUGAUCAUCUCUAUGUUUGGGAUCAUAACAUGUCUCAUCAUCUUAGCCACAGUGUUCUCACAAGCGGCCCUCCACGCACCAAAGAUCGAUGCGGUGGAAUCAACAACGUUUGCACCAAACGCUACAUGUCCAGCGUUUGUCCCGCUCACGGCCCCAAACGCGCCUCCUUCGAGGUGGAACUGCAUGAAGUGUCUGAGGUCGGAAUGCGGAUUCUGCGCGAGCGGAGGACAUCCGUACGCGCCGGGAGCGUGCGUGGUGUUAUCGGACGACAUGAAGGCGACUUGCCACUCGAGGGGAAGAACAUACUUCAAAGAUGGAUGUCCAAGCAAGUUUGGUUUCUUGGCAAUAGUGUUUUUGGGGCUUUACAUCAUAGUGUACGCACCAGGCAUGGGUACUGUCCCAUGGAUUGUCAACUCUGAGAUCUAUCCGCUCAGAUACAGAGGUCUCGGCGGAGGAAUAGCCGCCGUCGCGAAUUGGGUCUCCAAUCUCAUUGUGAGCGAGAGCUUCCUCUCACUCACACAUGCUCUCGGCUCCUCCGGGACUUUCCUUCUCUUCGCCGGUUUCUCAGCGGUUGGACUCUUCUUCAUUUGGCUGCUUGUACCUGAGACCAAAGGACUUCAGUUUGAGGAAGUUGAAAAGUUGCUCGAGGUCGGCUAUAAACCCAGUCUCUUGCGGCGAAGGAAGAAGGCCAAAGAUGCUGUUGAUACGGCUUAA